AUGUCGGAUAGAAGCGACCAGUUGUGGUCGGUGAUUCCUCGGAAGCGCCUUGCGGCUACGCUUAUGAUUCUUUUUGACGGCCCGGAAGAGAAGGAAGUUGUUUUGACCGUCAGAAGCUUGAGCCUCCGGUCGUACCCUGGUGAGGUGUCUCUGCCGGGAGGCAAAGUGGAUGGAUCUGAGGACUGGUGGGAGACGGCGUUGAGAGAAGCCAAUGAGGAAAUUGGGUUUUCCACACACAAUUUCAACGUCGAAAGGGUGGUGGCAAUGCCCGCUCAUUUGAGCAGACAUCUUCUAUUUGUUCGUCCCUGCGUGAUAAACGUCACCCGCAAAGACGGCAAGCCUGUGAGAUUGAGCGACAUUGCAGCCAAGUUGAAUGCCAGUGAAGUUCUUUGUGCAUUCAGUGUGCCGCUAUCGACGUUUUUGACGGAUUCGUUCUUCGACUCAGAGCCUGCAGAGACCGUCUGGAGUGGCUCAUCAUGGUACUUUUACGUGUUUGGCUUCGAAAAGAACAAUUGGAUUUUUGCAAACGUCCAAGACGAAAACAAAAUCUCUCGCACCGCAGUCACUGGAUUGACCGCUCAUAUGCUAGUCGACUGUGCUAGAUACAUAUAUAAACGCGAUCCGGAUUUCCCGCACCUGCCCGAACUAGGAUAUUUGGUGGGAGUAGAACAUGCACUAAAUACCGGCCAGUUCAUGUCUCGUAUAUAG